CAAUACACCCGGCUCACAGACGCUUUCUACGCUUUCAAUUAGGCACAGGCCAUUUCCAAUACAGGGUCCUGCCCUUUGGUCUCUCGUCGGCUCCCAGGGUUUUCUCCAAAACGCUGGCAGUAGUAAUGGCGUACCUACGACGUCUCGGCGUAAUAAUAUUCCCCUACCUAGACGACUGCCUAAUCAGGGCGCCUUCAGUGGCAGAGGCUUUACGUGUGACACACCUCACAAAAACAGUUUUCAAAACCUUGGGCCUGAUCAUCAACAUCCCAAAGUCGGCCAUGACGCCACACCAAUCGAUACAAUUCAUAGGAGCACAACUCGACUCAACCACUGCUCGUGCUCUCUUACCAAUAACCAGAUUUCAAGCAAUCUAAGUUCUUAUACAGGCCAUCACCACCAGUCCCAAGCCCUCGGUCCUACAAUGUCUCUGGCUUAUGGGACACAUGGCAGCCAUGACAUACGUCGUCGAGCAUGCAAGACUGCACUUCCGUUGUCUCCAGCACUGGAUAACUACUGUUUACACUCCAAACGUUCGAGACGUCCACAAACGAGUACCAUUUCCCGCACACAUCAGAAAUUCUUUAGCCUGGUGGACAGUUCCCAAAAAUCUGAUAUCGGGUGUUCCAUUUCAUCGCCAACAGCCGACAACACAACUGACCACCGAUGCAUUGUUACUAGGCUGGGGCGCACAUCUGGAACACAAUCAGGUACAAGGGCUUUGGUCCCCUAUGGAGUCGAUGAUGCAUAUCAAUCUCCUAGAGCUCCGAGCGGUGUGCAAUGCCUGUCGUCACUUUCUCCCAAAGAUUUGUACUCAAACUGUCCGAAUCCUUUCCGACAACAUGACCACAGUAUAUUAUAUAAACAGGCAGGGCGGGGCCCAAUCCCAGUCACUUUGCGCUGAGGCAAUUGCCUUAUGGGAUUGGUGCAUCCACCACAAAAUCUCCCUGAUUGCAGAAUACUUACCCGGUCAGCAGAAUUCUAUGGCCGAUGCACUGAGCAGACACUUCUCCCUGAAGCACGAAUGGGAGUUUCAACUGGAAGUCCUCUCAACCAUAUUUUGUUCCUGGGGAUUCCCAACAGUGGACCUAUUUGCGACCCGAAUGAACGCCAAAUGCCCCCGAUGCUGUUCAAGGGCAGGAAUGGGUCGGAACUCCAAGGGAGACGCGUUCCUAUACGAUUGGAGCCAUCAACUGCUGUAUGCAUGGCCAAGACAAACGUGGUUUCCUUACCUCCAUCAAAUGUCAGUGCGUCCUCCAUUCCCUCUGCCCAAGAGGCGCGACCUUCUUGUCCAGAACAAUCAACGUCUGUUCCAUCCCCAGAUCGACCUACUGGCACUGACAGCGUGGUUCCUAGUUGGUUCCAACAAACAGAAAUGAUCUGCUCGCAGGAGGUCAAGAACAUUCUCUUACAUAGCAGAAAAUUAUCUACGAGAUCCACCUACCUUUACAAAUGGGCACGGUUUUCAGCAUGAUGCUCGUCGGCAUCCCUGGACCCCUACUCCAUGCCCAUUCACCGUAUCCUAGACUACCUCGUGCAGCUCAAGAAUUCUUCUCUCAGCUGCGCCUCUAUUAAAGUGCACGUUGCCGCAAUCACUGCAUUACACCACGCUGUAGAUGGUUAUUCAGUUUUC